GGGAGGGGGCGCCACAGCCUGCUGGGCCCUCCAGCCACCCACCCCUCCCGACAUGUCGCGCUCCUUCUAUGUCGACUCGCUCAUCAUCAAGGACUCCUCGCGACCCGCGCCCUCGCUGCCCGAACCGCACCCCGGGCCAGAUUUCUUCAUCCCGCUGGGCAUGCCGUCCCCGUUGGUGAUGUCCAUGUCCGGGCCCGGCUGCGCGUCCCGCAAGAGCGGCGCGUUCUGCGUGUGCCCGCUCUGCGUCACUUCGCACCUGCACUCCUCUCGGGGGCCGGCGGGCUCCGGAGGCGGGGGCGCAGGGACAGGGAGUACCGGGGCCGGCGGCGGCGGGGCGGCGGGGGGCUCCGGGGCCUUGCCCCUGCUCAAGAGUCAGUUCUCUUCGGGUCCUGGGGACGCGCAGUUUUGCCCGCGCGUGAGCCACUCGCACCAUCACCACCACCCGCCGCAGCACCACCAUCACCACCACCAACCCCAACAGCCCGGCUCGGCGGCGGCAGCGGCUGCCGCGGCAGCAGCGGCAGCGGCCGCAGCGGCUUUGGGGCACACGCAGCACCACGCACCUGUCUGCGCCGCCACCACCUACAACGUGGCGGACCCGCGGAGAUUCCACUGCCUCACCAUGGGGGGCUCGGACGUCAGCCAGGUGCCCAAUGGCAAGAGGAUGAGGACGGCGUUCACUAGCACGCAGCUCCUGGAGCUGGAGCGGGAAUUCUCUUCCAACAUGUAUCUGUCUCGACUCCGGAGGAUCGAAAUCGCCACGUACCUGAACCUGUCGGAGAAGCAGGUGAAGAUCUGGUUCCAGAAUCGCCGGGUAAAGCAUAAGAAGGAAGGGAAGGGCACGCAGAGGAACAGUCACGCGGGCUGCAAGUGCGUCGGCAGCCAAGCGCACUACGCGCGCUCCGAGGACGAGGACUCCCUGUCGCCGGCCUCGGCCACUGAGGACAAGGAGAUUUCCCCCUUGUGAGGGAGGGAGGGCCGCCUCCCUCUCAGCACCCGCUCCCGGGAGCCCCCACAAAGCCGAUGCGGCAGGCACCCAGGGGUCAAAUACGCGCCUUUCCGUGGUCCCGCCUGCAGAAGCACGGAGCUGAGUGUCCCCAGGGCGUACCAGCCCGGCCCAUCCUUCGCGUCUACUCCUUGGCCUAUUUGCUUAGGUUCCACUCUCGAGAAUGCGAAUAGAUUUUGUUUAAAUGUAAAUAACCUAGAUUCAACUCAGUCUUGUCUUAUAACAGAGAAAAAAAAAACACAUCAUUGGCUUAAGUUUAGCACCGCCUGGGUUUUGUUUUUAAAGCGCUUGUCAUUUUCCCUUCCCUACUGUCUUUCAGAACCUGAUAAGAACACCGGGUUUCCUGAUGAUUUCCUUUUGUUUGUUUUUUUAAAUAAAAGUAUUGAUUUGCAAAUAAUUUAGAAAAGUAAAACCUGUAGGCCUUGCUUUCUGAAAACUUGCCUGGGGAGAGUUUAAAAUCCAAGUGUUGGAAGUUCCU